AUGUUUCCCCAAAGAGUUGCUCAGCAGUCGUUGCGACGGCUUGCUGCCCACAAUCCCUCUCAACUGAGGAUAGCCGUUUCGAGAAUCGCAGCUCCCGUGGCCAUUGCGACCGGCAACCAUAUUCAGACCAGAUCUACGACCUCAUCCACAACCGAAGACCCAUCCCAAAUUCUCCCCCGCCAGCGCCUCAAUCGCCCCGUCUCCCCACAUCUCAGCAUCUACCAGCCCCAGGUAACCUGGGUCCUCUCCUCCCUCAACCGCAUCACCGGCGUCGCUCUAGCCGGCAGCUUGUACAUCUUCUCCUCCUUCUAUCUCGUUUCCCCUUUGCUAGGCUGGCAUCUGGAAUCUCACAUGAUCGCAGCAGCGUUUGGUGCUCUACCUCUGGCUGCGAAGGUUGGACUGAAGUUCACGGCUGCGGUGCCGUUUAUGUUCCAUGCCCUUAAUGGAUGUAGGCAUCUUAUUUGGGAUUUGGGGAAGCAGUUCUCGAAUAAGCAGGUUAUUGCUGGCGGGUGGACGGUUGUUGGGUUGACGCUUAGCAGUGCGCUUGCGUUGGCUUGUUUUGUAUAA